CAGAUUUGUCAUUUGGAGGCCACUAUAGGCGCCUUUGGAGGGCUUGCCUAUUGGCGCGCUUUUCGCAUGGAUUCAGAGAAGCCCGGCCCACUCUCAAAUUCGCAGUCCUUCAGCCCAAAGGCUCGUCUUCUUCACAUAACAGUGUGUAUUCUAUUGACUUGAUACGCUUCUGACCCUGCCACUCGUGUUCGAGCGACUUGCUGAACUUGAAAACAGACCGAAGCGCGCGAAAGUCGACCGACAGCAGCCAUGGACGGCGAGACGAACCCGCUGGACCAGUAUGAGCCCGUCGAGGAUGAGGUCCUCGAGGAGGAGGAGGAGGGCGAGGACCUUAUGGAGAACAUGGAGCGGGACUACCAGCCACAGCCGCACCUGGACAACUACGACGCGGAGGGCAUCGACGACGAUGCUGAGGAGGAGGGCGAUGUGGACGCGCACGCUGCGCGCAUGGCUGCCGAGGAGGAGCUGAACCGCCGCGAUGCUAAAAAGCUGCGGCCACGCCGCGGUGCUGUCCCGGAUUUCAUGAUGGAGGACGACGACCAACCACGGCGUGACGAGUUCAACCGCCGCCGCAAGCGGCGCUCGGACGCGGGGAUGGAGGAGGACACGGCGGUGCCUCUGGAGCUGGACAUUGAGGAGGCCAAGGGCCGCCUGACCGAGUGGAUUGCGCAGGAGCAGGUGGCCUCAGAGAUCAAGCGCCGCUUCCGCUACUUCCUGCGCAACUACCCGCAUGGCUGCGGCCGCGACCAGGCGGCGCAGGAGGCCCGCGCCAACCACACGGGCGUGGGCGAGGACGGCGAGGGCAUCUAUAUGGAGCGCAUUCGCGCUAUGGCCAAGGACAACAAGCGCUCCCUGGAGCUGGACUACGCGCAUUGGGCCGAGUUCCAGCCCACGCUGUCCAUCUGGCUGGCGGACGCGCCCAAGCAGAUGAUGGAGUACCUGGACGAGGCGGCCACGGAGGUGGUGGAGAAGGUGUUCAGCAGCGAGUUCUUUGAUGCGUUCAAGGCCUACGGCGAGGAGUACCGCGUGCACGUGCGCGUGGUGGGCCUACCCAUCAGCGACAGCCUGCGGGACCUGCGCAACUACCACCUCAACUGCCUCAUCCGCGUGUCGGGUGUGGUGACCCGGCGCACGGGCGUGUUCCCGCAGCUGCAGCUGAUCAAGUACGACUGCGUCAAGUGCGGCUACGUGCUGGGUCCGUUCGCGAUGCACACCGACACGGCGGUCAAGCCCAACGCCUGCCCCAGCUGCACAUCCAAGGGCCCCUUCGAGGUCAACAGCAGCGAGACGGUGUAUCGCGACUACCAAAAGAUUACGCUGCAGGAGAGCCCCGGCUCCGUGCCGGCGGGCCGCCUGCCGCGCCACAAGGAGGUGAUCCUCACCAACGACCUCAUCGACUGCGCCCGGCCCGGGGAGGAGGUGGAGGUGACCGGCGUGUACAUGUACGGCUACGACGCCAGCCUGAACGUGAAGAACAGCUUCCCGGUGUUCUCGACCCACAUCGAGGCCAACUUUGUGUCCAAGCGCGAGGACAUCUACAGCGUGCACGCGCUCACGGACGACGACAAGGCGCGGGUCAUCGAGCUCAGCCGCGACCCCCGCAUCGGCGAGCGCAUCAUCAAGUCCAUGGCGCCAUCCAUCUACGGCCACGAGAACAUCAAGACGGCGCUGGCGCUGUGCCUCAUGGGCGGUGUGGAGAAGAGCCCCUCGCCCGCCUACCGCCUGCGUGGCGACAUCAACGUGCUACUGCUGGGCGACCCAGGUGUGGCCAAGUCCCAGUUCCUCAAGUACGUGGAGAAGACCGCGCCGCGCGCCGUGUACACCACCGGCAAGGGCGCCAGCGCGGUGGGUCUGACGGCGGCGGUGACACGCGACCCCAUCACCAAGGAGUGGACGCUGGAGGGCGGCGCGCUGGUGCUGGCGGACAAGGGCGUGUGCCUCAUUGACGAGUUUGACAAGAUGAACGACCAGGACCGCGUCUCCAUCCACGAGGCCAUGGAGCAGCAGUCCAUCUCCAUCUCCAAGGCCGGCAUCGUCACGCAGCUGCAGGCCCGCUGCGCCGUGAUUGCCGCCGCCAACCCGGUGGGCGGGCGCUACGACCCCAGCAAGACCCUGGCGGAGAACGUGGAGCUGUCGGACCCCAUCCUGUCGCGUUUCGACGUGCUGGCUGUUGUGCGCGACAUCGUGGACCCGGUGAACGACGAGAAGCUGGCGCAGUUCGUUGUGGGCAGCCACAUUGCCGCCCACCCCGUCAAGCAGGCGCGAGACCAGGAGGCGCGCGAGGCGGGCACCCUGGCGGAGGCGCCCGAGACCAGCAACCCCGUGGACCCGGACGUGCUGCCGCAGGAGCUGCUGCGCAAGUACAUCACCUACGCCAAGCAGCACUGCCGGCCGCAGCUGCAGCAGGCCGACUACGACCGCAUCCUGCGCCUCUACGCCGCGCUGCGCCAAGAGGCGGCGCUCACGCACGGCAUGCCCGUCGCGGUGCGUCACCUGGAGAGUGUGGUGCGCAUGAGCGAGGCCUCGGCGCGCAUGCACCUGCGCGACUACGUGGCGGACUACGACAUCAACGUCGCCAUCAAGAUGAUGGUGCACUCGUUCAUCAGCAGUCAGAAGUUCACGGUGCAGCAAACCCUGGAGCGCAAGUUCUCGCGCUACCUCACACUGCCCCAGGACUACCACGCGCUGCUGAUCAGCCUGCUGCGUCAGGCCCUGCGCGCCGUGCAGCGCGAGCAGGCGCUGGCGGGCGGCGCCGGUGACACGCAGCUCAAGAUCAGCGCCCGCCUGUUGGAGGACAAGGCGCGCGAGUACGACAUUGCUGACGUCAGCAGCCUGUACGGCAGCGCCAUGUUCCGUAACUGCGGCUUCGCCUUUGACCGCGCGCACAACGUCAUCACCUACACCUCCACGUAGAGCGAGGGCGGCGGAGAGUAAAGGCGGAGGAGGAGGCGGUGUAUGUGGCGGGGUGGCGGGCAGCGGAGCGCGCUGCGGGCGACAGGGGAGGCGAUGAGGAGGCCGGAGCAAGCCCGGAUGGUUGACUUGACGCGGCAUGGCAUUCGCGCGACUGUGGCGCGACGUGUUGACGCUGUUGACAGUGACGACGUUGGGAAACAGAUGUGUGUUGCGGCGAGGCGUGGUGGCGGAGGUUUGGUGGGGGACAGGACACUGCUGCUUGCUGGGAGCCGGCCGGCCCGCGCGGAGCUUGGCGGCUGCUGCAGAGGGCGGGUAGGUGGUGCGAACGAAUGCGCGGGAUGGGGACCUGGGGUGGUGCGGCGGUCGUGUCCUGUAUGCGGGCCGGGUCAGCAGGCGGUGAUGGCGAUAGACACGUGUGUGAACACGCACACAGCUGCAGGUUGCGGGGUCGGCGCAUGUGACGUGUGGGGCCAUCGCCCAGGGGUACAGGACAGGUGAAGCGGCAGCGAGUGGCACGAGGUGCUUGUGGUGUUUGUUGGGAAACCUGCCAAUGCAGGCUAGGGCGCGGUGGUGUUUGCUGUCCGCGGUGCCGCUGGUGUGUGAGUGUUUGGAUGGCGCCAGGUGCGCCGCGGGGCGGCAAACGUAGUUGGCGAGAGGCUUCAUAAGCCCCCGGCUAGCCUGCUAAUAGCGGUCUGCUGGUGCGGAGCUGUACGCGAACGGGACGCUGUCACGCACUGCAUUGCGCCACCAUGUGAUCUUCACCAGUGGCCUGUGCGGCUUGUGAGCGCUGCUUUGAGUCUGAAGAAUUUGCGGUGAGCGGCAAGUCAAACCAACGAGUGUCCACCUUUCCCGGCCUUGCUCCAUGCUUACUUGCGCCUUACACGGUGCAAGUAGAGAACCACAGGUAAUCA